AGCGGAAGUGGUUCCUCUGGAUAAUGGCGGCGGUGUAGAAUCUGAAAACCUUCCUAAUUUCUUUCUAAUUCCGCUUUUCUCGGAGUCUGAAGGUUUUAGCUGCAAACUGACAGAAUGACUUUAAAUUAAAUAGAUUAUUUUCAGCUGGAAGAUUAAAAAGCGGCGCCUGGAGACCGAGAGAGGAGCCGUGAUUCAUCCUAGCAGCUGCAGCCAUGUCUCUGGGUGAGCACGGGUCGGACUCGGCGCCAUUCUUCUCCUCCGACAGCGAGGCCGAGGCUCCAGAGGAAGGAGCCGACAGGCGGCCGGAGGAGGAGGAGUCUCCCAGCGGGGUGUCCAGCUCCCGGGCGCUGCUGACCGUCUUCAUCCUGUGCUACAUCAACCUGCUCAACUACAUGGACCGCUUCACCGUGGCAGGGGUUCUUCCAGACAUCGAGCAGUUCUUCAGGAUUGACGAUGGAAAGUCGGGCUUACUGCAGACAGUUUUUAUCUGCAGCUACAUGAUCCUGGCUCCUGUGUUUGGUUACCUUGGCGACCGGUACAACAGAAAGUUGAUCAUGUGCUGUGGCAUCACCUUCUGGUCCUUGGUGACGCUCGCCAGCUCCUACACACCCAAACAGCAUUUCUGGGCCCUGCUGUUCACCCGCGGUCUGGUCGGCGUUGGGGAGGCCAGUUACUCCACCAUUGCUCCCACCAUCAUCGCCGACCUCUACGUCAAGGAAAAGAGAACCCGCAUGCUGUCCAUCUUCUACUUCGCCAUCCCAGUGGGCAGCGGUCUGGGCUACAUCGUAGGAUCUCAGGUGGGCGUGGUGGCGAAGGACUGGCACUGGGCUCUGCGGGUGACCCCGGGUCUGGGUCUGAUCGCCGUGGUCCUGCUGUUGUUCGUGGUCCAGGAGCCGAAGCGAGGGGCGGUGGAGGCUCGGGCCGAGCUGCACCAGACCAGCUGGCUGACGGACCUGCAGACUCUCAGCAGGAACCGCAGCUUCGUGCUGUCCACCUUCGGCUUCACGGCCGUGGCGUUCGUGACGGGUUCCCUCGCCCUCUGGGCCCCGACCUUCCUCUUCAGAGCCGCCGUCUUCACGGGGAAGAAGGCUCCCUGCGUGGACGACGCCCACUGCGCGUCCUCAGAGAGCCUGAUCUUCGGCAUCAUCACCGUCAUCACCGGCGUGCUUGGCGUCUUCAGCGGCGUGCAGGCCAGUCAGCAGCUGAGGAAGAAGAAUCCCCGGGCCGACCCGCUGGUGUGCGCCGCCGGCCUGCUCCUCUCCGCUCCGUUCCUUUACUUCGCCAUCGUCUUCGCUCAGGGAAACACCGUGGCUACAUACGCCUUCAUCUUCCUCGGGGAGACCUUCCUGUCCAUGAACUGGGCCAUCGUGGCUGAUAUGCUGCUGUAUGUUGUGGUUCCGACCCGCCGCUCCACGGCUGAAGCUCUGCAGAUCGUCAUUUCUCAUCUGCUUGGAGACGCAGGAAGUCCCUUCCUGAUCGGAGUGCUCUCUGACGGUCUGAGGAGAACCGACUCCUUCCUCUGGCAGUUCCGCUCCCUGCAGCUCUCCCUGAUGCUCUGCUCCUUCGUCUCCGUGGUGGGCGGGGCUUUCUUCCUGGCCACCGCCCUUUUCAUCGAGGGGGACCGCGACCGGGCGGAGAACUACGUCCCGACAGCAGACGAGCCGAUCGUGGUGCCGAGAAGUGGGCGGUCCACUCGUGUUCCGGUGUCCAGCGUUCUGAUCUGAGGCUCCGCCCCCUGCAGCCUAUUGGACAAUCUUCCACAGAGAAGCAGCUUUGUUUUAGACGGAUCGCUCAUAAAGCAGCCGACAUCCAGGAGUCAAGUCCGGUUGUCCGGGAGACGGAACCAGAGGCGGCCCGGUUGAUCGGUUCCAUCAGAAUCUGAUGUGGGCCCGGUGCUGCCAGAACCACGUCGCUUUGUUUUAUAACUUUAUUAAUCUCUGU